GGGUUGGGGGUGAGCGAGAGUCGUCUCGUCCGUCGCCCUUUAAGAGAGAGGAGAGAGAGAGAGAGAGAGCGCACCAAUCCAUCCAUCCAUCCACCCAGCCUUCUUCGAACUCUAGAGAGAGAGAGCACGCAUAGUAGGAGCGGAGGAGGAGGAGGAGGGGCCGAUCCAUCGAUCCAUCCUUCGUUUCCGUUUAUCGAGGCGGCGGCAGCUGCUGCUGCUGCUGGGGAUUUGAGUCUUGGGAUCUCCUCGACCUCGCCGCGGGGGCAGCCGCAGAUCUAGGGUUUCUGCUCUGCUUUGCUCUGCUCUACCAGCCUCUCAUCCAUGGCUUCGGCUGCGGCAACCCAAAUGGGGUUGGAUUCGGCCAGCCGAGAUUGUCUGAACUGAAUUUGGUGGUCAAUCGAUCCAUGGCAGGUGGGAACUUACUUCUUGCGCAACUACUACAACCUGCUGCAGCAGAACCCCGAUGUCGUGCACCAGUUCUACAGCGACGCCAGCACCAUGGUCCGCGUCGACGACCUCGCCGGCACCAACACCACCGUCAACAAUAUGAUGGAUAUACACUCCCUCAUCAUGUCAUUGAAUUUCACCCAAAUCGAGAUUAAGACUGCCAACUUUGUCAACUCGUGGGGUGAUGGGGUGCUAGUUAUGGUCUCUGGUGUCGUGCAGACCAAGGAGUAUAGCCACCAAAGGAAAUUUAUCCAGAUGUUCUUCCUUGCCCCACAGGAGAAGGGUUUCUUUGUCCUCAAUGAUUAUUUCCACUUUGUUGAUCAAGAACAGAUACAGCCUGCACCAGUGAUUGCUCAGGAAAACUUUGAGAGCAAUUUGGCACCUAACACGGUUGUCGAAACUGUUCCUGAAUACAUUCAUGAGGAAGAAAGUCAAGCAGCGCAAUGUGCCGUUCCAAUAACAUCAGAAGAAAAUGAUGUGGUUGACAACUAUACUUAUUCGGAGCCACUGCAACAAGUAGUUGCUCAACCUGACAACUGGGGAGAGGAACCUCUUCCUGAAGAACCGCUUUCUUCCUUCUCGAAUGGAAUGGCUAUGGCACCAGAGGAACCAGUGCAACCUCAGCCUGUGCCACCACCUCACGCGGAGGAUCCUGUUGGUGAACCAAUAAAGAAGACCUAUGCUUCCAUUCUAAAAACCGCAAAAGCUCCAUCUGCAUUCCCUGUGGCCCAGCAAGUCCCUGUGACUAAGCCUUCUCACCCUAUGACAGAGUCGAACCAGGCCCAGCAUUCGGUUACAACAGCAGCUGAGAAGCCCAGAUCUGAUGUCUAUGGUGACAUUGCUGCCCAUGAUGAUGAAGAGAGCAAAUCUGUUUAUGUUGGGAAUGUGCCAUCAUCUGUAUCUGAGGCUGAUCUCGAGAAUGAGUUCAAGAAGUUUGGUCGGCUCAUCCCUGAUGGUGUUGCUAUCAGAAGCCGCAAGGAGACUGGUGGCUAUUAUGCCUUUGUAGAAUUCGAGGAACUUAGUGGGGUCCAUAAUGCAUUGAAGGCUUCACCAAUUGAAAUAAACAGACGCCAGAUAUAUGUCGAGGAACGGAAGCCUAAUAGUGGAAUGAGAGGUGGAAGGAGGGGAGGUAGGGGCCGCUUCAGCGGUGGAGGUCGAGGAUAUGCGAGAGGCGGAGGCGAUGAGUACAAUGGUAACCGUGGGAGGUCGAAUGGUUACCAGCGUGUUGCUCACCAGGAUAAGGGCAUACUGGGGAGCCACGCUGCAAGGAACUGAUGCGAUGCUGCAGCAAGCAUAAAGGUUUUGAUCUGUCGUCAAGGGAGAGAGAUCGAGAACUAAGCACAAGUGCUUGACUAGUCUAUCUGCUAGCUUGCGUUCUGGUUUUGGGGUUUUGGCCUGUUUUGUCGAUGAAUUUAAUUUGUGCGCGUCGACCUAUGUGACCAUCAACUUUUGCUAGACUCUUGUUUAUGCUGAUGCCAUCUGUUUACAUCAAGGGAAGCUGUUCUGUUUCCCUCA